AUGACGGAACCGGUUAUUGGCAUGGGUGCUCCGCGUGACCGUGACUAUCACGCCGUUGAACAGUGGAUUGCGGCGAAUUGCAACCAAGCGACAGACUUGCCAGCCACCACCUCAUUCGAAAUUCCCAUGAUAGAGCCAGUUCUUAAAUUGGUUUCUAAUUUUGGUUUCUGGCAUCGUCAAGUCGUCCAGAUCCUGGAAUGUCACAACCUUCAUCGCCUUGUUGAUUCUGAUCAGGAGAGGCCUUUGCGUUAUCACCCCAACUCUAAAUUAUGGCUGCAGCUCACUAAACAAGUGAGAGCAUGGCUAAGCAGCUGUAUUGACCCUGCCUUGGAGCAAGAAUUCGUUGGAGACCGUAAGGUGAUGUAUGCGGAUGAGUUUAUGAGGAAACUCAAGGACCACAUGAAAAGCUCACGCCGUGGCGCCAUAAAGCGGGUGUGCUUUGAUAUCUGGGAUUCUCGGCUCGAGGAUUUCUCGACAAUUAGGGAGUUUGUUGCAGGGUUGAAAGAGAGACUACAUUCAGCAAUCGAUCUCGAAGCCAACCUUCUACCUUACCAUGCUUUGAUUGUUAUGCUGCGACAACUUGAGACCUUAUCUACGUUGGAAACUUUUGCAAUGUCAGAGCUCACGAAGUUGGAAGCGCGUUCAAACCCUGUGGUCGACACGACGAUGGUAGAUUUCUAUGACACUUGUACUGUGGUUCUCAACUAUGUGAAGGAGAAGGGACUUGACUCCGAGGACGUGACACCCUCAGUUCCGUUGGCGGUCACCCGUGCACCUGGAAAAUAG